AUGUCGUCGAUAGUAGAUGGAUGUAAGGAGCAUUUCAAGACCCAGGCUGAUAUGCAAUAUGGCGUCCUGCCCCACGGCACAACCGUACCGGUUUCGCGCUUCAAGGCGUCUAUGUCACCAGAAGCUCUGGAAGAGCUACACUUGUUGGUCCGCAGCGCAAAAAUUGCUCCUGUAACGUACGAGAACGAUCUUGGAGAUGAAAAGUUUGGAAUUUCCCGCAGUUUCCUUGUCCAGGCUAAAGCAGCCUGGGCGGAAUAUGACUGGCGAAAAUCAGAAGAAUACAUCAACAAAUACCCAAACUUCAAGGCUUCCCUUGCUUAUGAAAACCAUGAUUAUGAUGUGCAUUUUGUCGGUCUUUUCUCCAAGAACCAGAAUGCCCGCCCUUUGCUGCUCUUGCAUGGCUGGCCAGGAAGCUUCCUCGAGUUUCUGCCAAUCGCCGACCUGUUCAAGCGCCAAUAUAGUGAGGAGAACCUUCCGUAUCAUAUCAUCAUUCCUUCUCUUCCAGGUUAUGCAUUCUCUUCCGGACCAGCGGUCACGACAGACUUUAGCCUCGACGACGUUUCGAAGAUUAUCCACUCCUUAAUGGACGGCCUGAAGCUGGGUACAAGCUAUCUCAUACACGCAGGCGAUGUUGGAAGCCAAGUCGCCUUGAGAUUAGCAAACUCCUCAUCGGCGGUGAAAGUGACCAACGGGAUAUCAUCCAAACCUGACGACGCAGACGAAACUUACACUCAGCAGGAGGUCGAGGGAUUGCAAAGAGUGGCAGAGUUCUCGAGGAGCGGGACGGGCUACGCCAUAGAACAGUCUACCAAGCCAGCAACAAUAGGCCUCGUUCUUGCAACGAAUCCGCUCGCGCUACUGGCCUGGAUCGGGGAGAAGUACCAGGACUGGACGGAUACUACACCACCUCUGAUUACGAUUCUGGAAACGGCCACUCUCUACUGGCUGACGGACACACUCCCCAGAUCACUUUACCCAUACAGGGACUUGUUCUCUGGUUCGAACAACUCAUUUGGAACACAGGGAGGGAACAAGACAACGCCAUUUGGUAUCAGCUGGUUUCCAAAAGAACCAGCCCCGUUCCCUCAGAGUUGGUUUGUAGGGCAGCUCCAUGUCACUUUCUUCCGGCAUCAUGACAAAGGUGGUCAUUUCGCCGGAUUAGAGCAGCCAGAGGUGCUCAAAAAAGAUUUGGAAGACUUUUUCUCUCAGAUACAAUAA